UUCCCCUCGCUGCUGGUGCUGCUGCUGGGGCGGCCAGUACCUGCAGGUGACCAUCUUACCGUCGUGCACUGAAUGGUUGUAGCCUCGUCCUCGUUCCUGGCGAACCUCUAGUAAACUUCGGAACUGUUAGAAGGACGCCUGACCAACCCAGCUACUCCGGCGCUCCUUCUCUCAAACGACCCUCGGUACCUCCGUAACGGAUUUGAUUACCUGAUUCCCACUAAGACACGUCAUCAUUGAUGCACUUAGCUCGUCGCUCUUAGGUUCCCUCGGCAAGCGUCCUCACGGAUGUCACCACCCGCGUCGUUCCACUCCCACCGUUGCGAUAUUGGUCGUUAUUGUGGAAUCUUGAAACUCACCCGCCUAGUGCAGCAGGAGGGUCCACACAAAAUAUGCGGGAAAUAGACGUUCUCGGUUCGGCCUUGUCUUGACUGCGCACAGCUUCUACAGAGUGGAUAUGGUUUUUUUUUUUACAAUCGCAAGAUUGGACUCCUUAUCGUCAUUCAUUGGUUCCUUAGUUGUUCCCUGACCACGGCGUAGAAGCUUGACUCAGGACACCUUUCGGACAAGAUUCCCUACUGCGAAGCCCUCGGCUUAUCCUCUUCACAGCAUGCUUCGGUACCCGUCAUGACACACUACCGUGACGAUAUCUCCUUAUAGUCCACUCCACCUGCCCUGCUCUGGGCUAUUAGAGGCCAUACCGUGGCACGCACUGCUCGUUAUGUGGUAGCAAUCCGGGCCACAUAUGCUGCCAGGGCCUGCAGAAGUGUUAGCAGCGUCAGUCUUCGCCGUGUGAUCCGAGAUAGCAGGGGAAGCAGGGGCAGCAGGGGGGGCACGGAGAGCAGGGGGGGCAGGGGUAGCAGGGGAAGCAGGGAGAGAAAGGGGAGCACGGAGAGCAGGGGGAGCAGGGGGAGCAGGGGGAGCAGGAGAGCAGCAGGAACAGAGAGAGGGUCGGCAUGGGGGCGUGUUUCUCAAAGCCCCGGGGGGAGGAAGGCCGACCUACUUCCAGAGGAGAAGGGAAGAGACACGGCAGUAGAGCGGCGGGAAAGAAGCCUGACGCUGGAGCAGCAGCGCGAGGGGACUCGUCCACGGGGAAGAAAGGGCAGCACGCGCGGAAAACGAACGCUGAACGCAAGGAUGGGGAGACAUUUGCGCAGUUGGCAUCGACAGCGGUUUCUACAGCAGCAGCAGAAUUAGCAGCUGCGAAGCAAGGGGGUGGUAGCGGCAGUGGUGGUGGUGGUGGUGGUGCUGCUGCUGCUGCUGCUGCUGCUGGCAGAGAUGAUGUGGGGGGGGAGAACGAGGCAAGUGAGGAAUUCGCAGAUGCCCCCUCGAGGCAAGACUCGGGCGAGGACGAGACGCAGAGUGCAAGAGAAGACUCUAGCACGCAGGCAGCAAGUGGCGCGGAGGCAGCAACGCGUGUGCCCGACGCCCAGCAGCCCUCCAUGCCCAGUGGGUCAGAGCAGGCUCGUGCCAUUCCAUCCCCGGCAGCAGCAGCAGCAGCAGAUAGUCAGAGCAGGAGAACGGGGAGCGGGGCGGGAGCGAGAAGGGGAGUAGUGGAAGGGUUUCAAGAAGCAGAGAGAGCGAGGCGAGAGGGGGUGCCGGCAGGGUCGGAGGCAUACAGUGAGGAGGACAGGAGGGCGGACGAUGCAGGUGGAGCAGGGGGGAGGAAUGCCAGCGCAAGGGAACGUCCCUCUGGAGCAAAUCAGGUGCAGCAAGAGAAGGCCAUUGCAGUUGGAACAGCAGACGGGUUUUCUAAAGGCCAGGGACAGCAGCAAAACAGCAGCAGCAGGGGAGGAGGGCGAGGUGAGGAUGGAAGGGGUGUGCCGCCUCAAGUAGUAGAACUAGCUCAAGCAGCAACAGCAGCAGGCGCAGCAGUAUCAGCAGCGGAUGCUGGAAAGCACUCAGCAGGCCUGCUGGGUGCUGUCCUGUCUGAUACCGCUGCCCUCGAUUACUACGGGCCGACCUUGCACAAGCAAGGGUCCAGGAGGGGCCGUAGCCGGGAAUUCAGCAGACGGGCUGACGGGGGUGGCAAGGGCGGUCUGCAAUACGAGGCGAGUGGUAGUGAUACCGAGGAGGAGGAUGUGGAUGUGGCAGGGCGGAGGAAGGGCAAGGGCAGGUCGAGGGCUUGUUUGGGUGGUGAGUACGGGCUGGACGGGGAUGGGAUGGAUGGGCAUUGCUUUCCUAGGCGGAAGAGGAAGGCGAGCCGGCAGGGCAAAAGUUCGGUGGAGAGCGGUGGAGAGAGAGAUGGAAGGGUGGUGGCAGGGGGGGAAGAUGUGGGGAGAAGCACAAGAGGGGAGGGAGGGGCCAGUGAUAAGGUGCAGGGAGGCAAUGGAGGGGCCAGUGAUAAGGUGCAGGGAGGCAAUGGAGGGGCGAGUGGGACUGAGGAGACUUUGAUGGCACGCGUGGUGAAGAGAAGGCGAGGACGAGAGAGGGAGAAGGACAAGGAGAAGCAGAAGGUUCCUGUGAAUGCAAAUGACGGGCUUAACGUUUUCAUGAUGGCUCAGAGGAGCGCGGAGGGAAAGAAGGGCAGUCAGCGCAGGCCAAGACAGGGGGCGGGAGGAGCAGCAGGAGCAGCAGGGGCAGCAGGGGCAGCAGGGAAGGCAGUGCGGGGCGAGCGCGCAUGGUGUGGGGUGGCUCCUGAGUUCGUGGAUGCAGACAGCCACUCCGAAGACGACUUCCACUCUGCCCGGGCUGACACCUUGUCGCAGGUCAGUUCCAUGACCGCGGCGGGGCUGUGUCAGAGGGGGGCGCAGGCGGGCAUAAUGCUGCCAGCGCAGGCGGGCAGGGCGCUGGUGUGCAAGCUGCAGGAGGGCGCGGGGGCUCUGCUCACCAUCCACCAGUGCGACGCACACACUCAUCAACCCGCCACUCGCAUGCAUGCGUCAGGGGAAGGCACAUCCGCUAUGGUUGCCCGUGCGCCCUCCCCGCGUCGCACCAAGGGCCUCUCGUCCGUGCUCUCUGCGGCUCGCAAGGUGCUCUCUCCCCGUGGGAACCGCAUGUUACCCUCGUCCUCCAAUCCCCCAGCAGGCAGCCAGCCGUGUGUGCAGUCUUUGAGUGGGGAAAGGAGGGCGCACAAGAAGGCAGGCAGGAGGGAGGGGUCCAUGGGGAGAGGGCCACAGGGACAUGGCGCGGAGGCAGAGCAGGAGCAGCAGGAGCAGCAGGAGCAGCAGGAGCAGGAGGAGUUGUUCCAUAGUGCAGGCAGUGAAGACUCUGAGGAACUGGACGAGAUGUUCAAGACCGCGCCCCUGCUGCUCACCACCCCUCCGCCGCACCUCCCCUCACCAAGUGCGCACAUGCGGGUAGACUCAGCAGAGGAUGAGGAAGAGUACAGUGCAGCAGCAGCGGAGGGGCUUCCACAAGCGGGGAAUGCUGCAGCUUCAGCAGAGGAUCAUGUGGAGAGGCACGCAACAGCAGGGAAGCAUAGAGGAGUGGAGGCAGGUGCACACUUGGCAGCACAAGCACAGCAGGGUGCUAGCACUGCGCACCCCACCCCCACUCCUCUCACUGCUACACCUGCUGCUCAUGCUGCUGCAUCUGCUGCUACUGGCGGUGAUGCCACUGAUGCUGGUACCGCCUGUAGUGGGGACAAGCCUGCCGUACCCCACCCUCCUUGCACGUCCCACUCUCCCCUGCGCUCUAUUGGUGCUGCUGUGCUCUCUGCUGCCCGCACUGCCCUCUCCCCCUCCCGCCGCGCCUCCCAUUCACCUGCCUCUGCCAUGGGUUUCGCUGCUGCUGGCGUGCGGAAAUUCAGGGCACGGAGCAUGGGGGGCAGUUGGGAUGGAAGGGAGGAAGGGAAGCCAAGGGGGAGUGGGGGGAGAGGAGGAGGGGGUGCUGGAGCAAGCAUGGCGUGUGGAGCAUCAGCAGCUGAGUGGCUGGAAAAUGAAGUGUUUGCUGUGAAUUCAGAUUCCGUGCUCAAGCCAGUGGCAUCUGGGAGCACCUCACUCCCCUUCCUUCCUGCCUCCUCCUCACUCACACCUUCACUCCCAGUCGCCUCCACCGCUCUCCACUCCCCCACUCCCCCUGUCACCACACUCCCUCGCCCUCCCAUCCGUGCCUCUCUCUCUGAUCUCCAUAUUUCCGCCGCCACACACCCAUCUCCUCCUCUUCACUCGCACGUUAGCCCAAGCACAGCCAAUCCCACAUCUUCCUUGUAUCACCCCUUGUCCUCUCCAAGUUCUCCAACCAUCGCCAUUCCCCCUUCUUCCUUCCGCUCCACAUCGCCCCACACCACCAUUGGUUCCUCCCUGUCCUCCCUCUCCUCUCGAGUCCGUGCCAAGUCAAAGCAACCCCACCGGCCCUUCUCCCCCGGUUCGGCAUCCACUCGGCGGCUCUCCGACACUCCAGGUUCAGGCACGGAGCGGCCCCGGACCUGGUCGCUGCAUCCGGAGCUGUGGAGCCGGGUGACUAGAGGAAGGGAGGGGCAGGCAGAGGUGGGUGGUGCUUGCACGGAGGGAGGCAGUGGAGGUGGUGGGGAUGGUGCUGCCCUUGCUGCUGCACACACAGUCAACCCAGCACCAGCAGCAGCUGUGCUCUCAACUGUGAGACCUCAGGACGGUGAAGCAGCAGCAGAUACAUGCAAUCUUGGCACCACUGGCGCUUCCGGCAAUGCAAGUGGCACCGCUGCUGGCAGCAGAGGGAGGGACGUGGGGGCAAUUGAAACAGUGGCUGCUGCCAGUUCCCAUGCAGCUGCGUCCCGAAGAGCAAGUACCAAGCAUGCUGGCAGUCCUGCGCAUGGGUUAGAGGGACGGCAGCGCGGCGUGUCACUCUCCCCAAUGUCACGCAUCUCAUCCUCCCCCUCCUUCUCCUUAGCCACUGCACCAGCCGCAGGAGCAGCAGGUGAGGGAGCACCGGGCGCUAGGGCACGUGUGACUGAACAAGGGCCAGCAGGGGAGGAGGCGGCAGGGGCAGCAGGGGCAGGAGGGGCGGCAGCAUCACGAGGAGGUCUGUCUCGGUGGAAGUCACUGCACCCAUCCUUCUCCGUGCCCUCGCUGCAGAAGCUAGCUCACUCCGUCACUGCCGCUGCUACUGCUGCCGCUCCGCCUGUCUUCAGGAGCCCCCCUGCCAAAACCUCCACACAGUAUCUCACCGACGAGGAAGAGGACGAGGAGGAGGAGGACUUUGGGGCGUUCAGAGGGGCGUACUGGCAGCAGAGGGAGCGGGAGAGGGAGAGGCGGCUGGAGCAACCGGCACACGUGGGCAUGCCUGUGCGCGUAGAUGUGGAGACUGCAGCAGCCAAGAUGCUUCUGGCCCCCCGCAAGGUCCUCCACAUGCCAGAGCCGGGGUCCCAGCUGCCCCGCCACGUGUCUCUAUCUCGCCCCCCCCGCCGCCGCUCCUCCCCGCUCGUCAUCUCCCCUGACUCCUCCCCCGACCAUGCCUCCUGCACCUCACCUCCCCCCGCCGCCCCCGCCCCCGCGCACUGCUGGAUGGACAUUAGCCCUGCGUGCCUGCCAGUGCGGGGAACAAGCUACUUCAGCACGGGUGUGAAGCAGGCAGCGCACCACCUGACCCCAUACAGCGUGACAGCCGUGGAUGUCUUCCACACGCCCCACAAGCUCACCCACAUCGCGCGCCUCAUCGACCUCCCCUCCGCCACCACCACCACCGCCCACUCCUCAGCCGCCUCCUCUCCCCGCCCUGCCUCCUCGUCUGCCGCUGCUGCUGCUGCUGCUGCUUCGGGUCUAGCCUCUCGUGACGCUGCUGCUCUUGCUGCUGCUCUGCCGCGCCUGCUGCUGGUUCAUGUGCAGGUGCCCAUCCACGUCCCCCGUGCGCACAUCUCACUGCUCUCGUCCGACUCGCAUGCCUCGGAGGGCUUCAGCCUCGUGCUGUACUCGCACAUUUGCCCCGCCUUCUUUGCCUCCCCCCCCCCGCACAUGCUGCCGCUGCUUAGGGGUCUCAAGGGCGGGGUGGAGACAAUGAAAGAGGAGGAGGUGGCGCGUGUCUCUGCCAUGCUGUCAGGCGCUGCUGCCUUUGUCCCCUUUAAAGAGCGCCUCAAGCUCAUGGUUGUGCGCAGAGAUGGGACGAAAAAUGCUGCCCGAGCAGGCCUUGCACGGGAGGGAGCGAGUGGAGAAGGGAGGGCGGGAGGGGGAGGUGAAGGGAUGAGGAACGAGGAUCAAGGGUCAGAGGGGGGUCGUGCUGGAGAAAUGCAUGGGGAGGAGGGGGAGGAGUAUGAGGAGGAGGAAGAGAGAGGGGGGAGUGAUGAGGAGGGGUUUUCAGAGGAGGAAGGUGGGGAGGUGGAAGCAGAUGUUGGGAGGAGCUGUGUGCGCAGGAAGGGGGGAGUGAGAAGGAGAAUAUCAAGAACAGUGGGGAGAGUGAUGGGAGUGAGGGGCAGAUCAGGAAGUGCAGCAGGAGGGAAGGGGCGGAGAGAGGACUGGGGGAAGGAGGAGAGUGCCGCGAUCCUAACACACCCAUAUCAGAUGUUUUUCCGGGGUCCGGACUACUUGGAGAUAGACAUAGACCUGCACCAGCUGCCACAAUCAUCCCGCAAGGCCCUGCUGCCGCUCCUCUGCUCGCUCUCCGACUCCACUCUGGACCUUGCCCUCAUUGCCCAGGGAAACAACCAGAGUGAGGUGCCUGAGCCAGUGAUUGCAUGUGCUCGACUCAACCAUUUGAGCCCAGGCUUGUUCGCUACACUUCUCCCAACAAAACCCUGACGACGGGGUGGGUGGGACACUUUAUUGGCCCUCGCUUUUGCCUCGCUUGAUUUCUUACCAAGUUGAAUGAUGUAUAUGCGACAGUUUCACGCUUUGGAGUCCCAAAGAUAAUGUUUAUAAUAUAUAGUAGUAGCAUGUCGUCCAUUGUAAGGAAUUUUCCAUUCCUUACCGAGCGGUACUGCUAUCGCGUACGCUCGAACACACCCGAAGCCUCGGGACCA